CCUCAUCCCCUCACAGUCUGAAAACUUCCAUCCUCCAGCCAUCACCUCUCUCCUGCCUGGACUGCACUAGGCACCCCAUUUGUUUGCGCAAUGCCUGAACCGUAAAGGAAAUCCAAGAUCACAGCCUCGCGCAAACUCCUUCUGAAGAGUUUGAUGCUGGCUAAAGCCAAAGAACAAUGGGAACAAGAGCAAGUGGACAAACAAGGAGAGAAGGAGAGAUAUUUAGCAGAGAGGGUCACACCUCUGCGGACCAGUGGACUUUCAUUCGCCCAACUCCAGGAUCUGUGCAGGGAGUUACAUGAGAAGGUAGACGUUGUGGAUGAGGAGAGAUAUGACAUUGAAGCAAAAUGCACCCAUAACACACGGGAGAUUAAAGAUCUGAAGCUGAAGGUGCUUGACCUUCGGGGGAAAUUCAAACGUCCUCCCUUGCGGCGUGUCCGUGUCUCCGCUGACGCCAUGCUUCGAGCUCUGCUUGGCUCAAAGCACAAAGUUUCCAUGGACCUGAGAGCUAACCUCAAGUCUGUGAAGAAGGAGGACACGGAAAAGGAGCGUCCCGUAGAAGUGGGUGAUUGGCGUAAAAACGUAGAGGCCAUGUCAGGAAUGGAGGGCAGGAAGAAGAUGUUUGAUGCUGCCAAAACUCCGACAGGACAGUGAAAAGUUCUGCAUGAAAAGGUGAAGACCCACAGUGCCUGCGUAUAUCUCUUUCCUUUCUUUUGCCCCUUGGAGCUCCCUCAUCUUGCCACAUCUCCC